AGCUGGCGGUUGGGCCGGACUCCAGUGAAUUUACAUUGUCCUACCGAGCGCCCGAGAGAAGCCUGCCGCUUACAUACAGCUUGAAUCCCCAGAAGCAGAGCGGUAAAGCAGCUGAAAGUGUGAGAGCAGAAGUUCCGGUUUUACUAUAGCCACGUUCAUUCCCGUUUUCACCUCUUUAAAUGGUAGAAACCACUGUGUGAGAUAGUGAUUGGAGUUGACAAGCCCGCUUCACUACUGUAUCCCCCCCCUCCUUCUCCUCCUUCUCCUCCUCCUCCACCCCUCCUCCUCCUCCCGCUCAACACACAGCAACCAGGAAAUCGUCGAGGUGUGCUUCUCUUAUCCCGCUUGUGACUACCCCGUUCGCGGGUGUCGAUGCGGCUUCCCCCUCUCUCUCUUUUUUGGUCGCUUUUUUAUUUUUUUAAUUCCGCUGGUUUGACUCGUCAAGCCGGGCUUCACCUCUGAAGUCAGCCAAAGUUGCCUACGAGGAGAAGAUCUCCACUCUGGCCGAACAAUGAGUGAGUCAAGUAUUUGCCAGGCUCGGGCCACUGUGAUGAUCUAUGAUGAUGGCAAUAAGAAGUGGCUUCCUGCAGGAACUGGACCCCAAACCUUCAGCAGAGUCCAGAUCUAUCACAACCCAACCAACAAUGCCUUUAGGAUAGUGGGGCGCAAGAUGCAGACAGAUCAGCAGGUUGUUAUAAACUGUCCAAUCGUUAGAGGCCUCAAGUACAAUCAGGCCACACCUAAUUUUCACCAGUGGCGGGAUGCCCGACAAGUGUGGGGACUCAACUUUGGCAGCAAGGAGGACGCUACUCUAUUUGCCAAUGGCAUGAGUCACGCUCUGGAGGUCCUCAACUCCAUGGCAGAUGCAGGUUAUGCUACCCUCCCCCGCCCUGUGUCAAAUGGGCCUUCUCCAGAAGAGCUUGAACAACAGCGGAGGUUGGAACAGCAGGAAUGGGAGCGACAGGAGAGAGAAAGACAGGAGCGGGAGCGGCUGGAAAGAGAGAGGCUGGAAAGAGAGAGACAAGCUGCUGCAGUUCCUCCAGCUCCUCCUGUGGCCACUGGUGGCCCCGCUCCUCCACCAGCUCCUCCUCCACCCCCAGGACCUCCUCCACCCCCUGGCCCUCCUCCAGCUCCUGGCCCUCCUCCAGGCGUUGGCAUCCCUCCCCCUCCAGGACCACCUCCCACAGGACCUCCCCCUGCACCACCCCUGCCCAUUUCAGGUAGUGGAAAUGACAUCGGCGAUGGGUCAGGAGGGGGAGGUGGAGGCGGAGGCGGAGGCUUGGCAGCUGCCUUAGCUGGAGCUAAACUCCGCAAAGUACCCAAGCAGGAUGAUGGCGCUUCUGCAGCUCCAGUAGCCAGAACUGACUCCAGCCGCAGCAGCAUCACCUCUAUUGGAGGAGGAGGAGGAGGUGGUGGUGGAGGAAGCGGUGGAGGAAGCAGUGGAGGAGGCGGCGGUGGCGGUUUGAUGGGUGAAAUGAGUGCCAUCUUGGCACGAAGGAGAAAAGCAGCAAAUACUGUAGAGAAGCCACCUGUGAAACCACAAGAUAAUGAUGAUUCAGAGUCUCAAGGUCAAAGUGACACCAUUAGAAGACCUUGGGAGAAACCUUCCAUGACCAGGAAUAACUCCAUCCCCAAGAGCAUGGACUCCACUUCCCCAUUGCCCCAAGUUUUCAGGGCAAAGGGUGCAAGCAACAAUAAUGACGCAAGUGGAACAGAUGACUCGGAUUUAGAGAAAAUGAAACAGGAGAUCUUGGAGGAAGUGCGGAAAGAACUACAAAAAGUCAAAGAGGAAAUUAUUGGAGCCUUUAUUCAGGAGCUUCAGAAGAGAAGCACAUAGUUCUGCUGAGCAUCAGGUGUAACGGAGGGAUGCAAUAGAUGGAGAUGAUCGAGGCCUGUUAAGGUCUCUCCUCCACAUCACCCUCUUAUGUAGCCCAGGGAUUUCUCUUUAUCUUCUACACAUUUUCUCUCAUCUCUCUCUCUUUUACACAAACACAUGAGCAUAUGUGCUUAUCUGUACAACAUGCAUAUUCACUUCAUGUUAGUGGUAACCCAGGGAACCUCCUCAAGUCAGCGUUUGGCACUUCUGACGUUCACUCAAUUUUAAUGCAGCGGUGAUGAUCCCGUGUGUACCAUCUCUUCCUGCUCAGUCAUCCCGUCCCUCAUGUCCUCUGUGCGUUCUGUUCAUCUGAACCAUUUCAGAGCACAUAACUACAGCCAGAGUUGUCCUUGCAGUUUGCCAUCUUUAACACCUCUUUGUUGCAGAACCCCUGCUGCUUGUGUCCUCUCCCUUCUGCUAUCAGAUGCAUUAUUUUUACUGAUAGAGAAGUUUUCAGUAUUCAGCCACACUGUAUUAGUCAUAUUUUUUACUGUAAUGGCAAGAGGCUGGCAUGCUGGGAUAAUUUUCUCCCUUUCUCAGUUGGCAUAAAUAUGUUGAGGCUUCUGCAAGUAGGCUGCUGUGUGUAAUGGCAGUUGGAGGUGGGGAAAAAAAAACCAUCAAAUCGGUCGGAUCAGUGAAGCCAUCUUCUUUAUUAGUGCAGCAUAUCUCAAGUCAAGUGGACUUUGAGCUCCGGCCAAUGACUGACAACACAAGCCUUCACACUCUUGCAGCACAGAGAUACUCGAGGAAGAGGAGACAAGCAAAGGGAAGUUAAUGCUCAACCAGAGUGCUGUGGAAGAGGAGUGCGUUGUAAUUUUAUGAUGUGUGAGAAACUUAUUCUCUUUGCAUUGCACUUGUUCCUGAGGAAGUGUGUCUGUGUGCCACACUGCCUUGAUAGACUAUUCCCUCUUACUCGAAAUGAGACAUUAUUCGCUGGCCAGUGCGACGGUCCUGCUGUCCGCCGUGCUUUCGCUUGUUGUUUUUCUUCUAUUCUAGUGUUGUUUUCUAAUUUUGAAACAUGAAAAAUGGCCAUGAUGAGGUCAAGUGAUUUGGCCAUGACCAACUGCCUUGAGAAUAAAUAUAUAAAUAUAUAUAUAUGGAAAAAUAUAUAUUUGUUUUGAGGGAAAUGUUAGCAAAAAAAAGAAAUGGUGUUUCUAUUUUAAUUGAAAUGACUGGUGAAUGGGGAUUUCAUUUUCUUUUCCUUUUUUUUUUUUUUUUCAAUGAUUUGUUUUCUUAUGAAAUGUAAUUUUUUGUUUAAUGUUUCUUUUUUUCUAAUAGAGUCUAGGCUUUUUACACUGAAAAAUAAAGAAAACAGCUUAGAGACACUGGAUUAGAUAUGCCUUUAUAGUCGAAUACAGCUGCUUCUUGAAAUGCAUCAUUGUCUGGAGUCAUCUUUUCUAUUUUCCUGUUGUAAAAAUAAAAAGUCUUCAAAUUU